UAAAGCAUAUGAGUCAUAUCUGAACAAACCUUAUGACAGUGAAGGUUUGAUUAAGUAUCCUGAUGGCAAAUGCUUGACGAAGUGUUGUAACAGGCAAGUACGUAGUAGUAUUUAAGCAAACAUCCUUGAAGUUCUAACAAAGAGAGUCAUGGGAAACAGAGCACCUUAUGUUGUUUCAUUUCUCUUAAGGUUUAUCUAUGCGGUUAUGCAGAUACUUACCAAAGUUGCUUUUAACCAAGGUACAAGUACAUACGUUCUUGUUUUCUACAGGCAUUUAAUAGGUACCAUGUUCUUACUACCCAUUGCUUUUGCAAUUGAAAGGAAAACGGCCCCACGACUGUCAUACAAAGUCUGUCUGAAACUAUUUGUGCAUGCAUUAUAUGGGAUGUCUGCUUCUCUUAACAUAUCAUGUGUUGGUCUCAGUUAUGCUUCAGCAACUUCUGCUUCUGCAGUACUAAAUCUCUUGCCAGUGUUAACUUUCUUUUUGGCUGUUCUGUUGAGAAUGGAGUCUUUGCAAUUAAAGAGCUACCAUGGGAUUGUGAAAGUUUCUGGUAUAGUAAUUUGUGUGGCUGGUGUUACGGUACUAGCGUUAUGCCAAGGACCGGAGCUCAAAUCUAUCGUCCAUCACCCUAUGUUUCGUCACCCAAGUCGAGUUGAUACUCAUCCCUCAAGGAGCUGGAUAUUGGGAAUUCUCCUGCAAUCUCUUGCCACUGUGAUGUUUGCGCUUUGGACAGUGUUUCAGGGCCCUUUGCUGGAGGAGUAUCCGUCCAUGCUGCUUAACACGAGCCUUCAGAUUGUCUUUGCGACUGUUCAAUCCUUUUUCAUGGCUCUAGUGAUGGAGAGAGACUUUUCAAGAUGGAAGUUGAGAUUGGAUGUAGGUCUUGUGGCGAUCAUCUAUUGUGGUGUAUUUGUUACCGCAUUGGCAAACUACCUGCAAAUCUGGGUCAUUGGCAGGUGCGGCCCAGUAUUCCUGGCCAUGACAGUACCCCUAACUUUGGUUAUCACAAUCAUUCUGGCACUUCUCAUAGGAGAAGCAGUCACCCUUGGAAGUGUGAUAAGUGGCGCGCUGAUGGUUGGUGGCCUGUACAAUGUUCUCUGGGGGAAGAGAAUAGAGCAAGCAGCUCUCCGCAAGCAAGGAGGUAGCGGAGAAAAUGGAUCAUGCUUGGAUUUGGAGGAACAAGUUCCAGCAAAGCGGGAUUCAAUCAACCCAGUGCCAGGUUCGAAAGAAAGAACUGAAAACUGAUACAUCAAGCUGAACUGUGACCAGCAAGCGGUGUCACUAUAGGUUUAUACAAAAAAAAUGCUUCAGGUCAGUCCACCAGAAACCGUUCAAAGAUCUGUAAUAUUGUUUACUGCCAGUCAGCUAUAGCAGCUUUAAUUGUUUG